AAAUGAACUUCUUUCCAAACUAUUAGAUGACGAAAUUGAUAUAGACACUCCCUCCAUAGGAUCCCCUUUAACCCAAAAGAGGCUAAAAAAUAAAAGAGUAUUUGUCGUCCUUGAUGAUGUUAAUAACUCAGAUCUAAUGGAUCUUAUGGGUGUAAAAUAUUUUGGUGAGGGAAGUAAAAUCAUUCUAACAUCUAGAGAUAGACAAGUUCUUAAGAAUGGAGGAGCUGACAAAAUACACGAGGUAAACAAAUUAAAUGAGAACGACUCUCUGCAACUCUUUUCUACAUUUGCAUUUAAGCUUUUGAAUCCUGCUCUUGAUUUUCAAGACCUAUCGAACAAGUUUUUGGAGUACGCCCAAGGCAAUCCACUUGCUCUGAAGGUUUUGGGUUCUAAACUAUAUACAAAGUCUAGAAAAGAGUGGGAAGGUGAGGUGGAUAAGCUCAAGGAAUAUCCCCAACAAAAAAUUUCACAGAUUUUGAAGAGUAGCUUUGAUGAGUUGGAUGAACUAGAGAAGAAUAUAUUUCUUGAUAUAGCAUGCUUCUUUAAACAAGAACUCAAGGAAGAUGUCGAAGAAAUUCUAAGUUGCUUGUAUAAGGGUGCAGCUUGUGGAAUAAGCAACUUGCUGGAUAAGUGCCUAGUUCAUAUUGAUUCUUAUAGGCGGAUUUCUAUGCAUGAUAUGCUUGAAGAGAUGGGAAAGGAUAUUAUUAUCCAAAGAUCUAAACAUCCGGAAAAGCGAAGUAGGCUAUGGAGUCUCAAAGACGUGAAUCAAGUACUCAGAUAUAAUAAAGAAAAUAAAUCAAUUGAAGGAAUAAGGUUUGAGAUGACUCGGUUUGACUCACUGUUAUCACGUCGUCACGGUUUUGAGAACAUUCUUAAUCUUAGAUACAUCGACUUGGAUACUGAGUGUUUGUUGUUCCAGAAUGAGAAUGUAAUUGCACACAAUGGUGAUAGUGUAUCUUUUCCUGAUGAACUAAGAUAUCUUUGUUGGAGCGGUUACCCCUUCAAAUCCUUGCCACCAAAUUAUAAUCCAAAGAAUCUUGCCAUAUUGAAAUUACAUUUUGGAUGUAUGGAACAACUUUGGAAUGAAGAUCAUCAGGAUCUUGUUAAUUUAAGGAUAAUUGACCUUUUCUAUUGUAUUAAACUAAGGAAGAUCCCUAAUCUAUCAAGAGCCAUCAACCUUAAGAGCCUUUGCUGCCGUAUGUGUGAAAGUUUGGUUGAACUACCUUGCCUCGGUCAUUUGCCAUCUCUCGAAAUCCUUGACCUUUCUGAUUGCACGAAUUUAAGAAAGAUCCCAAAUUUAUUAGAAGUCAUCAACUUAAAAGGCCUUAACUUAAGAUGGUGUCUAGACCUGGUUGAACCUCUUGAGCUCCCAAAUAACAUUACCGAGUUAAAUUUAUCACACACUGUAAUAAAAGAAGUGGCUGAUUACAUUCAGCAUCUUGUCGGACUUAGAGAGUUGAAUUUGAGUCACUCAUGGGUGAAAAAUGUAUCGAACAAUAUUUCAAAGUUUGAAUCCCUUCGUGUGUUGGUUCUUGAUCAUUGCGAAAGCCUUAAGACACUCCCGGAGCUUCCACGAUAUUUGUGGUUCUUGGAUGCAAGGAACUGCACGUCAUUAGAAAAAGUGUCCUUCACCGAUGAUAGUUUCAAUCCAUUCCAUUCUUUACAUGACGGUGAUGGUGCUCCUCGUAGAGAAAUCAUUUCCAUGCUUUUCUCGAACUGUAGAAGCUUGAAUCAAGAUUCAAUAAAAAACAUUGUGGCAAACACCAUGCUUCAAAUUCAUUCCCUGGCACAGAGAUGGGUAAGGAGGAAAGGGAUAUCCCUAGGGGAAUAUAGAUGGGAUUUUUUGUUUUGCUGUUUCCCAGGAAAUGAAGUUCCAGAAAUUGUGUUUUAUUACAGAAGCAUGGAUUAUUCGUUCGAUUUGAAGAUAACCCCAAAUGGGUUUAGUGGGAGCAGAUUAUUGGCUUUUGCUGUCUGCCUUGUGGCUGAUCUCACACUCACAAAACGAAAUCUUGAAUUUAUCUGCAAAUACCGACUGACCACCACCAGUGGUGAAAAGUUCGCAAGUAAGUGCUGUGUUUCUGUGACACUGGCCAAGAUCUGCAAUUGCAAGGGUGAUCAUGUGUUCAUCCUGUUCAAUCAAGAUAUGAUUAUAAUAGACAAUGAUUAUGAGGAGGCAUCAUUUGAAUUGUACAUCCGAAAUCUUGCCGGAGAUGAAUUUAAAGUGGAGAAAUGUGGUGUUAACAUAUUUUACAUGGAUGCAGAGGGGUAUACCAUUAGUGAUGUGAUGAGAUGGGACAAAUCCAACCAGAAUUCUGAUUCUCAAGAAGUUGCUAAUAUUGAGGUGGCUCAUGACGGUUCUGCUACUGAAAUAAGACCUGGGGAUGAAAGAAGAUUUGGCAAUGGUGGUGAAGAAGGUGAUGGAGGGCCUAAAACAUUGAAAUAGUUUUUCUUUUAAUCUUUGGGUAUGCAACUUCUCAUUCCAAAUGCGUAGGUGGAGGCUAUUUUGAAGGGCAUCAUUUGACGGAUUACAUUGUCAUAUUAGAUUGGUUGUUUUUCCUCUUUUCAUACGAUGUCGACGUCUCCUUUACCAGUUCACUUCGUCUUCUUUUUCUGUCGCUGCCACUGCUGCCGCUGCAUGUGAUUCGUCGAUUGCUUCCUCUACUGCCACUGCUUAUGAUUUGUCGUUGAUCCAAAAUUACUGCAUGCACCCGAUUUCAAAUUUGACUCCAUGACAAAGUAGCUCAUCGUCGACUAUCAUGUCAUUCCAUUUGUCGCUGUUUUUUGUACCACAGUUGUUUGUACAAAAGUACAACAUUUGUGCCAAUUCAGGGAAAUAAGAAAAUAUUUCUUGACAUAGCAUUCUUCUUUAAAGGGGAACUCAGGGAAGAUGUAGAAGAAAUUCUAAGUUGCUUUUAUAAGGGUGUAGUGAGUGGAAUAAGCAACUUGAUCGACAAAACUCUACUUCAUAUGGGUUCUAAUAGGCAGAUUUCUAUGCAUGAAGAGAUGGGCAAGGAUGUUGUUCGCCAAAAGGAAGAUUUGUGUGAGGCUAUUUUGGAGGGCAUCAUUUGACAGAUUACAUAGCCAUGCUAAGAACAGCUUUGAGGUCGAGAGUUGUUUUGUAUAUAUACAGAGCAUUUGGGGUUGAUGUUUUCUUUUCAGGAUGUGGAAUUUGCUGCCUUUCAAGUUGUUUGAGAAAUAUUGAAAACUCGAGUCGAAUUUCAUUUUCUUUUCGGUUGAGCAUGGAAUUAAUCUUUGGUUCUGCAUUUAUGUAUUAGUGGAUGUAUUUGUCUUUGCUUUGUUUGCGUGGGUGAAAAGUUUUUGUUGGGUUUAGUUGCAUAAUUCAGGCUCAAGGCUUUAUCACUUUAUCGUUGGGUUUUGUUGGGUUUAGUAUGUGUUGGAGUAGUAGGAACCGCCGAAUUCUUUUUAUACUUUUGGU